CAUCAUGUUGAGACAAAUAGUUUUAGUGGUGGUUUUGGUAUUAAUUGCCAAUUCUUUGGCACAUUCACGAAAAAUAAACGAUGAGGAUUUAAUCAUAACUUUACAUCAUGGUGGAAAAGUUCGUGGCGAGAAAAAAUCUAUUGGACUCUAUUCGGAUAAAAAAUAUUUUUCAUUCAAAGGUAUUCCUUAUGCCGAACCACCAGUGGGAAAACUUCGGUUCAGAAGUCCCCAACCUCAUCCCGGUUGGACAAACAUUCUUAACGCAACAAAGCAUGGUAAUAUCUGCGUACAAUUAAAUAAACUACAAGGCUCUGAGGACUGUCUCUUUUUGAACGUUUAUACGCCAUCAAAUCUAAAUCCAACUAAAAAAUAUGCCGUAAUGUUUUGGAUUCAUGGAGGGGCCUAUGUAACAGGAUCUGGAGACUCAGCCAAGCAAGGACCGGAGUUUUUGGUCAAUGAGGAUGUCAUUGUUGUCACUAUAAAUUAUCGUUUGGGCUUUCUUGGAUUCUUUUCUACCAACGAUCGAUCAGCACAAGGAAAUUACGGAUUGAAAGAUUGCGUAGAAGCGCUCAAGUGGGUUCAAAAUAAUAUCGAAGCAUUCGGAGGUGAUCGGAAUCGUGUAACAAUUUUUGGACAAUCUUCUGGUGGAGGUAUGGUUCAUUAUCUUCUUUUAUCUCCAAUGGCCAAAGGACUUUUUCAUGGGGCCAUUUCACAAUCUGGCACAGCCUUGAAUGCUUGGGGCUUUCAGCCAUAUCCAAGAACAAUCGCUUUUGAAGCUGCUAAAUUGUUAAAUAUUACUUUCAAUUCAACGGAAAAUCUGGUAGAUCAACUUCGCGACUUUAAAGAUCCAUAUGAGUUUGCAGUCAUUGCAGAAUCGAUGACAAAUCCAGAUCUAUUUCCAGGAUUCAUUCCUUAUCCUUUUGAGCCGUCUGUUGAGCCAGAGGACUCCGAUGAACCCCGAUUUUUGCCAGACACACCGUUGAAAAUUCUUCAAAGAGGAGAUUUUAACAAGGUUCCAUGCAUAUUUGGCGCCACGAAUGAAGAAAUGCUCCUGGUUCAUGACGCGCAAAGAAAAGAUCCAGAUUUUCUUUUAAAAUAUAAUAACGAUUCUCGUCUUUUACUGCCUGAUGAGUGGUUCAUUCAACCAAACACUGAAGCAGCAGACGAUAUACUUAACAAUAUUCGAAAAACGUAUUUUAAUGAUAAAACCGAAAUUAAUGAUAUAAUCGAAUUUCGUACAUUUGGUGCCGAUCGAGUAUUUUUAUACUCAAUUUAUAAAACAGUAGAGAUGCAUGCUAGAAAACAAACAGCUCCCGUAUUUUUUUACAUUUUUUCAUACGAUGGCUCUUUAAACUUAGACAAAAAAUUUCAGUUACUUACCGAAUAUGAUGGCGCUAUGCACUCUGAUGAUAUGGGAUAUUUGUGGAAAAAUUCCAAAGCGCCCCUUAUCAUGCCAACUGAUCCAGCAAGAAAAGUGAGAAAGCGAAUGGUAAAAAUGUGGGCAAAUUUCAGUAAAUACGGACAUCCAACGCCUAAUGUUACUGAAUUAAUUUCCGUAGAGUGGCCAAAAGUUCGAAACCAUCAAGAGUUUUUGGAAAUUGGAGAAGAAUUGAUACCAAAAAUCGAUCCCUUUAGCCAACGAAUGGCUAUGUGGAAAGAAAUGGAUCAAAAAUAUAACAAUGCACAGUAAAAUUCAAGCUUUGAAAAAAUUGUUUUAAAAAUAUUGCGUGUAAAAAAUAAUAUUGUUCCAAUGCAAAUUGGUAAAAUUACGCGUUUAAAGUUGACUGAUACAAAAGGUCAAUAAAUUUGUUUGUAAACAAUUAGACUUUGUCUGAAAUUUUUGAUUGAUCUUAUCCUCGUUUGAUAUAAAUAAAAGAAUAAGAAUUCUAGGUUUAUUUCUACUUGA